UGACUUUCUUGGUCGUGUAGACGUUUAAUUUCUAUACGGUAAACAAUUUCUGUAUUUUAAUCUUAAAAUAUUCUUUUGUUAUAAAGGUAUAACCUUGUCGUACCCGUACCCAUAUCAUAUUGGAUUUAAAGUUGUGAACAAUGAAGAAUAGAAGUUUAGCUGGUAAUUGUGGCAUUGGUGUGUUCAUUAUUGCCCUUGUCACAGUGGCAUUGGCAUUUGGCACGCCUAGUUGGCUGGUCAGCGACUCGAGAAUAAGAGGCGCUAAGCUGGACAGACUUGGUUUAUGGAGCCACUGCUUCAGGUCACUCCCUGAUCCAUUAGACCAAUACCAGAGGAGGUUUUUCGUUGGUUGUCGAUGGGUAUAUGAUCCAUUCACUACAGGAUAUGACAGAAUUCGCGGCUACCUACUUCCGGGUUUUAUGAUUGCUACACAGUUUUUCUUUACACUAUGUUUGCUCGGAAUCUUAAUUUCGACCAUUCUGGUAUUAGUAUUCUUUCUCUGCUGUGGUCCAGAUCAAGACAGAUUUGUUUUGUUAAUUAAAUCCAUUGGAUACAUCAUGUUGUUUUCAGGAAUAUGUGGGGCCAUUGCUGUGAUAGUUUUCGCUUGCUUUGGGAACGCGGAUGAAUGGAUGCCGGACCACCCGAAUAAUUAUUUAGGAUGGUCGUUUGGUCUGGGCGUAGUCGGCACUGUUGCUUGCAUCGUCACAUCAGCACUAUUUCUAACUGAAUCCAACAUUCAAAUGAAGAAACGUAAAAGAAUAAAAGAAUCACAAACCCGUUUUGAAAUGGAAUACGAAUCGAAAGCGUAAUUCAGAGUUCAUAAUUGUAAUUGGGUCUCGUUAACGAACGUUUGUUAAUAACCAUAGAGACGUAAUAGUAGUACAGUAUAUGGACCACAGUGUUCAAAACAAAUAUGAACGAACAUAUUUUGACAUUUUUAAUGAAUUUUGUAUGUCAUUGAAAUCAGCUGGUCUAUUUUGGAACUAAUCUCAACGUAGUUAAGUUUAAACUGAAUUAAUCUAUAAAACAUGUUAUUCUUUCAAUGAUCGCUAAAUAUAUAAUUAAUACCUUCGAAACUGCACAAUUAAAUCGGAAUUAGAUUCCAAAGUAGGCCGACUGAUUUCUAAUGGUGUGUUGUGACUAAUAAUAUUUGUAAGGAAUUAUAUAAUUAUUACCUUAUAUACAUAUGACAAUGAGUGUUGUGCCAUUUUUAUGGUAUCACGUGCUUUAAUGUUAACAUUCCAGUGUCUUUGAAGUUUAAAUAGAUUAUUAACAAGAUGUUAUAUUAAUAUUACAAUCUAUUUAUUGUCGUUUUGAUAUGUAUUGACAAGGUAGGCACUAACCUUGUUUCCAUCCACUUUUCUGUAUGAAGUCCCGUGUAAAACGGAAAUGGAGCUUUAUCUAGCAGACCUAGUUUUGGUAAUCACAUUUGAUAGGUAUAAGGAUAGGUAAGAAUUACUUUACAGAGUUUUAUAAUAUUUUAUUGUCAUUAUGAUUUAAAAAAAGAACCUCCCUCAUUGAUAAUGACUCCAAACGUAUAAUAAAUACGCUAUUUUUAAUUUUCAAGUUUUUUCACAUGAGGAAACUAAAAUAAAACACUUAAUAGUGACUAGGUAUUUGUAUGAGUUUUUAGUUUAUGUGAACGAGGGGAUUCGUAUUAUUGAUAAGAUUCGUUUUAGUCUUUUACUUGAUAGGUAUAUUUAUAAUUAAUUUUAGAAUUUUGAUCACAAAUAAUUAUAAUAAUCAAUUAAUCGAUUCUCCCAAAUCAGUUUGGUUCAAAAAAUAAAUUCCAUAAAAGAGUUUAGUUAAGUUAGUCACUUGAUUAAUUAGUGCCAAUAGUGAAAAAAUAUGUAUAAAAUAUGUGUUUAUGGACUUAAACAAUUUUUAGUAUAAAUAUAUGCACUGACUGAUUUACAAACAAAUAUCAUUGAUGAAGUUUUAAUAGAAGAAUUUGCAUUUUCAAUUAGUGCAUUGUUUGAAUAGUUUUGUACAUGCGCCCAAGUAGAAAGUAUGUAAUGCACAACUGAUGAAUUAACGGCUUACACAAGUAUUUCUACUUACGUAUUAUUCAGAAAACAGCAAUUUCAUAUUAAUGUUAAAUAAUAAAAAAAUCAUAUUAAUAAAGAAUGAACAUGAAACUAAAAUGACGGGCGCAUAUAGAAUAGAGCAUGGGAUUUAAAUUUAUUACAUAUAAAAGUAAAAAAAUAUUGCGAUUUCGAAUUCUAUUUGUUUAAGGCCGCUCUAUUUGCGCGUGGAACAAUUUUUUACUUGUUCCCCUAGAAUAUUCGGAAAAAUUCUUAGUAGGUCUCCCUUAUAAAAACAUCUUCUAUUCAAAAGUGUUUAUAUCCAGUCGUUUAUAAGAAAGACUGAUCCAUGGCAUUAUGUGGAAUUGAGCAUAAAGAAAUAAGAGAGAAUAUCUAUACUCCGUUCCAAAAAUUACAAAAA